AAAGUGGGCGUUUUCUGUCUCCCUCCGCAGCUCCAGUCGGACACAUCACUCCUCCAUAAUAGCAUGUUGUGAUGAAAACCAAUAGUCGUCGCAACCGACAUGGUGAAGCAGUAGCAUGAGACACACUUGUGAGGAUGGCAGAUAAAAAGGGAAAACCUGUCACUCCCAUCAAAACACUCACAAAGAAAGAAAAAGAAGAGCUCAAGAAAAAGGAGGAAGAAAAAGCAGCAGAGGUUUUUGAGGAAUUUGUGGCGUCAUUUGAGACCAGUGAGAAACGCAGGGUGAAAACCUUUGUCCGCGGUGGUAUCGUGAAUGCAACUAAAGAGGAGGAAGCAGCAGAAAUCAAGAAAAGUAAGCUGUAUCGACCCGCGACACAGCUUGUCCCUGUGUCCCAACAUGUCUCACCGCUAUCAUCUGCUGACAGCAAAAAGUCUACGUUUAAAAGAAGGGCGGACGAAAAGAAGAAGAGCAAUCUCGAACUCUUCAAAGAAGAACUCAAGCUAAUACAAGAAGAGCGUGAGGAAAGGCAUAAAAGGAAGAAAAGUGACCCAGGAGGAGGAGGAGGAGGAGGAGGAUAUGGAGAUCCGGAUGUACCAUUAUCAGGACGAUCAACAUUAUAUGAUGACUUAACAGUGCCAACUACCACGAACCUCUACAUCAGCUGCAUCAGCCCAAAGAUGAAUGAGGAGAUUCUCUGCAAAGAGUUUGGUAAGUAUGGUCCACUAGCAAGUGUGAAGAUUAUGUGGCCCCGCACUGACGAGGAGCGCUGCAGGACGUCCAACAGAGCCUUUGUGGCUUUCAUGACACGGAGGGAUGCGGAGCGAGCCUUGGCUGCACUGGAUGGUAAAGUGGUUAUGGGGUUUGAAAUGAAGCUGGGAUGGGGAAAACCAGCUCGCAUCCCACCUCAGCCUCUCUACACACCAGUUGGGGUGAGAGCCACACCUCCACCCCCUUCAGGUCUGCCUUUCAACGCUCAGCCCAGGGGUCGCUUUCGCAAUGACUUCACCAAGCCACUGGGCGUUUCCAAAGUGGAGCUUGACAAGACUCUGUCCGAAGCCGUAGUCAAAGUGGUUAUCCCGUCUGAAAGGAAUCUAUUAUUCCUCAUUCACAGGAUGAUAGAGUUUGUGGUGCGUGAAGGGCCUGUAUUUGAAGCCAUCAUAAUGAACAAGGAGAAAAACAACCCAGAGUACAGGUUCCUUUUUGACAACAAAAGCCAAGAUCAUGUGUACUAUCGCUGGAAACUGUUCUCAAUCCUCCAGGGAGAGUCCCCGAACGAGUGGACAACCACAGAUUUCCGUCUGUUUCGAGGAGGCUCUUUAUGGAGACCUCCUGUCCUCCACAACUACUCGCAGAGAAGUGAAGAGAAGGCAGAGGUGGAGGAGGACGCUCCCCCCGAGGAGGAGGUGAAGAAAGGGCAGCUCAGAAACGAACAAAGGCAGAGACUGGAGACGACGCUUCAAGAGCUCACCCCAAGCAGAGAAGACGUUGCCAGUGCCAUGUUGUUCUGUCUGGAGCGAGCAGAUGCAGCAGAGGAAGUCGUGGGACACAUCACUGAGUCCUUUUCCCUGCUCCAGACGCCACUUCAAAAGAAGAUUGCCAGGUUGUAUCUGGUGUCGGACGUCUUGCACAACUCGUGUGCCAAAGUACCUGGUGCAUCAUAUUAUCGUAAAUAUUUUGAAACAAAUCUAGCCCAGAUAUUUGGAGACCUCAAUGCAGCACAUAGAAACAUACAGGGCAGGCUGCAGGCCGAGCAGUUCAAGCAAAAGGUCAUGGGUUGUUUUAGAGCAUGGGAAGACUGGGCCAUUUACCCUGAGCCUUAUCUAAUCCACCUUCAGAACAUAUUUCUGGGCUUUGCCAAAGCAGUGGAGGAGCCCACAGAGACCGCAGAGGAGGAAUCCUGUGAUCUUGAUGGUGCACCAAUGGACAACACGCCUUUAGAUGGUUUGCCCCUGGACAGAGCUGCGGUGGAAGACCUGGACGGCUGCCCACUGGGCUGGGACCCCCUGGAUGGAGUCCCUGUCGACGACUUGGACGGCGUUCCUUUACCUGUGGCCAACGAUGACAUCGAUGGAAUGCCCCUGGACGACAGCAAUGCUCCUCUCUCCAGAGUGCCGUUGUCUAAAUGGGAGAAGACAAGUGGCACCGGGACAUUUCCUCGAGCCAAGGCUGAGUCGAAGUGGGACACUGUGGUGGGACACGACGGCGAAGAUGAAGUAAAUGUGAGUGUCAACUCGCAGCACGCCGACGAGGACUCUGGGAGCGACGGCACCGAUGACUCGUGCGAAUCAUCCAAAUAUGACGGCGUCGAUUUCCAGAGCUCACUGCGCCGCUUUCAGAUGUCUGAGAGCAAGAGGAAGCGGAUGAGAGAGCUGGAGGUAAAGGUCAUGAAGGUCCAGGAUGAGUUGGAAUCUGGGAAAAGGCCAAGGAAGUCUGGAAUGAGCAUUCAGCAACAAGUGGAACACUACAGGAACAAACUGCUGAAGAAGGAGUUUGAAGACGAAGAAAAGAAUGAGAAGUCAACAUCCAAGUCCUCGGACGGGUCAAAGGAGGACAGACGGGACAAAGAGAGGAGCAAAAGAAGUGACGAUGGCGACAGAAAACGAGGACGCAGCAGAGAUUCUGAUAAGACUCGAAAAUCAACAAGCAUCUCUCCUCUAAAGACAAGGUCACCCAAAUGGUCCAAACGGUCCCGAUCACCGUCUCCAGUCCGGAAGGCAGCUAAGUCCAGGUCACGGUCGCCACACCGCUCCCACAAGAAAACAAAGAAGAGCAAACACUGACUCUCGCCUCGAGAUCUCCUCUUCCAUUCUAGCUCGCCUGUGUUCAUGGGUCGGACAGUGCACGCCUCUGUGAACUGACCCACAUGUCUGUUCUCCCGGUCCCUAGUUUCAUUUCCCACAAACAAAAGCUUCAGCACUCUUUUGUAUGAUGAAGAUUGAGCACUGUAACUAGUUAAAUAUAUUUUUUGUUUUAACGUUUGUUUUUAAAAUGACAACGUAAAAUGUUGCUGCGAAGAUCUGACACUAAAAUAAAUCCUAGUUGAUGAUCA